UCAGAGAGCCAAAUUCACCCGAGAGUUACCGUUGCGGGGCUUCUCUCGCGGUGCCCGGUAAACCAUGUAUGCCGGUGACAGCGACAGCAACAGCGAUAGCGGAGAGCGGGUACGGCGCGGGGAGACGCUGGAAUUCCAGAACCUGAAUGUGGUGUCGGCUGUGGGACGCGGCGCGAAGGGCGUGGUGUUCCUGGCGCGGGUGGUUGAGAAGGGAAACGGAGAAUGGUUGGCGCUGAAGGUGGUGUCGAAGGAGCUGCUGAGGAAGAAGAACAGGAACGAGGGAAGGUGCAAGAGGGUGUCGUUCGAGAGGCACAUACUACGUCGUUUCGAUCACCCGCUAUUGCCCAGGUUCCGAGGCGCUCUCGACACCGACCAACUCACCGGUUUCGCAAUCGAUUAUUGCCACGGCGGAAACCUCCAUUUGCUUCGGAAGAAGCAACCGGAGAAGACCUUCUCUGAAGACACCGUAAGGUUUUAUGCAGUAGAAUUGGUUCUAGCGUUGGAGUAUUUGCACAACUUUGGAGUAGUUUAUAGAGAUUUAAAGCCAGAGAAUAUCAUGAUCCAAGAAUCAGGCCACAUAAUGUUAGUGGAUUUUGACCUUUCCAAGAAGUUAUACCUUCGCUCAACUCCGUCGUCGAGUUGCAACUCAUCACCGGGCUCUGACUCGUCACCGGAGAAAGAUCGGAGGAAGCGACGACUAUCACGAUUCAGCUGUUACUGCCAUUCAGGGAUAUCCUUGUACGACUCAGAUAUUCCGAAUCAACUCAACGCCAUCCCAACGAGUCGCAGCAUGUCAGACUCAGUGGAAAAGUCGAACUCCUUUGUCGGAACGGAAGAGUACGUGGCACCGGAGGUCAUCUCUGGAGAAGGACACGACUUCGCCGUUGAUUGGUGGUCAUUGGGCAUUGUUCUGCACGAAUUGAUGUACGGAACAACGCCGUUUAAGGGCGCGAAUAGGAAAGAAACGUUUCAUCGUAUCAUAACGAAGGAACCCGAAUUAUCAGGUGCAACAACGCCUUUGAGGGACUUGAUUAAAAAGUUGCUUGAGAAGGAUCCGGAGCGUAGGAUCCAGGUGAAAGAUAUCAAGAGCCACGAUUUCUUCAAAGGCGUGAAGUGGGACACGAUCUUGGAAAUCUCACGUCCACCGUAUAUUCCUCAAAAUGAGAUAAAGGAUUCAACAGGGUUUUCUCAAAAGGAUGUAGAGUCGUUUGUUCAUAGAAUAUUUUUUCCCAAGAGUAAAGAGGAGGAAGAUAAAACAAAUAAAGGGGAGGCAAAAAGGAAUGAAAAGGAAACCCCGAAGGAGGAAAAUUAUAAAAAUGAGGAAAACGAUAAAAAGGAGGAAAAUAAUAAAAAUGUGUGGGUUGACAAGUUAAAUCAAAAUUCUGCUAAGGAUGAGAAUUUUUUAAUUUUUUGAUUUAGUGUUUUUCUUCUGGUAAUUUUGUUCAUCACCAAGUUAUCUUAUGUGCACUAUGUCUAUGUAAAACUUAUGUCAA